AUGCGAUACGGCGUUGACUGCCCUGGCUACACACGCCCCUAUAAGUUCAUGGAUGAAGGCCCACAUCUACGCCAACAUUUCACUAAUAAACAAUCUCAAUCUACCUCCGCCCAACCCUCCGAAUCGAUCGACGAGCGCAUCAUACCAUCCCUCGCAGCCAAGUCAAUGGGCAAGCAACAACCCGUCAUCUUCGGUUCCUUCGUUCUCACAGCCUUCACACGCUGGUUCGGGCUGAAUCAAUUCCGCGUGCAUGUGCCAUGGACAGGAUAUAUUGCCCAGCAUGUGGGCCAGAGUCCUGCUUUCGAUGCAGCCAUUUACUGCGUCAACUCGAUCUUUAUGGGUCAGACACACAACAAUAAUAAGCUGCAGCGCUCGAGUCGCGAGGUCUACAGCAAAGCACUGCGGCUCUUCGGUGAUCGAAUUCGCGAUGCAGACGCGAUGAAGUCAACUGAGAGUGUGAGCAUUACCAUUGCGCUGAGUCUGUUUGAGGCAUACUCGCGGACGAAUCCGGACUCGUGGGCGCGCCAUGCGGCAGGUACGGCACUGCUGAUGGCGCAUCGCGGCCCCAAGGCGCAUUUGACUGGCUUCGAUCGAUGCCUAUAUCUGUCUUUCCGGAGCUUUCUUGUCGCAGAGGCCUUUGUCAAUGGCAAGCGGUGUAUCUUCGAACUACCUGAAUGGCAGGAACACAUUGACCAGGUUCGGAUAGAGGAUAUGGCUUCGCCGCGCGUGAACGGUCCUAUCGCACUCUUUAUUGAUCUGCAAGAUCGCAUCUUCAAAGAAGUUGUCAAGGUACCGGGCUUGCUUGUUGUGGCGCGCCAGCUACAUCUUGCAGAUGAGCCGCUGAAGGCAAGUCGGAACCUAGCCGCGCAGGUCCUUCGCAGCAGUCAGACCUUAUGUACUCUGUCGGCUCAUCUGCGUCUUGCUGCUGCGGUGCAGAGUUACCAAUGGUGUAAUGAUGGCGCGGUCGACAAUAGGAAGACGCCCUUUAUCGGGCCCAUCCCGUCCAUAUUCCCGCAAGAAUUUGCAAACAGCGUCCUGCGAGGCUCUGAUAACUGCCUGCGCCUUCUCCACCUUCUACUCGACCACCUCGCGAGUGAUGCAGUGCGGGAAAAGCACCGCAUGUGGAGUGGACAAGACGACACUGAGAUCCCGGAUCCGCUGCCGUUUCGACUGGUCUCCAAGUUGAAUGUUGACCAAGUAACAAGGAUAGGACCAGUUGUAAAUGAAACUGGUGACAACAUCCCUGCCGCAGAUAAAUGGCUCGAUGUUGUGGCUGCAUCGAUGGGGCUGGAAGCCUUCGACAUUAUCACUUAUGCUAAAGAAAGACCCGAUCCCCCUUCUGAAGGUCGGAGGGAAACCGAUCAGUGGACCACUGCUCUAUCCUUACGGUGA